ACUUCAGUUUUCCGUUCAGUUUUCACCGCGAAUUCUCUCUGGCGUUACCGCAUCGCACGGAGAUGGAUUCUCCACGCGUGAACUUCCAAACUCCCCGAAGUUUGCUCUACGUGGAAGAACAAUACUUAAUGAACGAAACCAGUGACGUAGAAAAACUUUUAAGUUGUGCAGAAAGUUCAUAUGCCUUCGCGAAUUAUAUGGACUUUUUACAUUUAUACUACAUUCCAGUUAUAAUAGUGACCGGUUUUUUAGGAAAUUCAACUUCUUGUGUAGUGCUAUUGUGUACGCAUUUAAAACUGAGAAGUUCUAGUUACUAUUUAGCAGCUCUAGCUUUGGCUGAUUCUGGAUACUUACUCUGCUUACUUGUACUUUACUGCAGCUCGAAUAACUUUAUACAUUUAUACAAUAUGCAAGGUAUUUGCCAGAUGUGCAUUUACUUGACCUACGUGUUCUCUUUUCUUAGCGUUUGGUUAAUUGUAGCGUUCACCAUAGAAAGGUUUAUAGCUGUACAGUACCCAUUAAAAAAACCAUACAUAUGUACAGCCAAAAGAGCGAAAAAAAUUGUGUCCGGUCUAUGUCUAGUGGCAUUUCUUCUCUACAUUUUCGCGUUUUGGAUAACAGACGUCAUCGAUAAUGAGUGUCAACUGAAACCCGAAUAUAUCAACUUUAUGGAGGUAUUUAACUAUGUAGACACAACUAUGACUUUAGUGUUGCCGGUGAUAAUGAUAGUGGGCAUGAACAUUAUGAUAGCAAGAAGUUUGUUUAAGUUACGAAAGUACAUGCAAACGAGAAUGGCAGAUGAACCCAGUCCCCGUCAAUUUGAUUUGUAUCCAACAAGUUCCUCACGCGUAAGAUUAAGCUCAUCUAAAAAACAUAUCAGUAAACAUAUGGCUUAA